UCCAUCACCCUCUCCCCAGUGGCCUGAAGAUCCACAGGUUCUUUGGCCCAGAAACUUCUUCCCUGUUCCUCUUCCUGUAUGCCCCAAGAAUUUCACUUUCGUUUCUCAGCCAGCUUUUGGGAGGGAGGGACUACUUGCAGCUGAGCAGCUUGUGUCAUCCAGAAGGAUUACACAAGAAAAGCAUCAGGAGUUAUGACCGGAGGAAGCCAGGGAAGAAAUGCGAUGGCUUCAAAAACCCUGGUGAACACACAAGAAAAGGCAAAAUGUCCCAUCUGCCUAAAGCAUUUAACAGAGCUACUGACUCUAGGCUGUGGUCACAGCUAUUGCCAAACAUGCAUCUCUAGGAACAAGAAAUCUGUGACCAGCCCAGGAGGGGAAAACAGGUGUUUCAUAUGUAGUAUCAGGAACUUAUUUGGAAAUACCAAAGCUAAUCAGCCUCCAGCUGACGUAGCAGAAGGACUCAGGGAAGUCAAGUUGAGCCCUAGCACUGUGCAAAAUGCAGACUUAUGUGCACGCCAUGGAGAGAAACUCCUACUCUUCUGUGUGGAGGAUAGGAAGGUAAUUUGCUGGCUUUGUGAGCUUUCUCGAGAGCACCGUGGGCACCGAACAUUACUCAUGGAUGAAGUGACCAAGGAAUGUCAGGACAAGCUCCAAGCAGUUCUCAAGAGGCUGAGGAAGGAACAAGAAGAAGCUGAGAAGUUGGAAGCUGAUAUCCAAGAAGAGAUCACUUCUUGGAAGUGUCAGGUAGAGACUGAGAGAAAAAGGAUACAAAUGGAAUUUAAUCAUCUUAGAAGAAUCCUGGACAGCGAGGAAGAGCGAGAGCUACAAAGAUUGGAUCGGGAGGAGAAGACGACACUGGAUAGCUUGGCAGAAGCAGAGGAUGAGCUGGUCUAUCAGAAGCAGUUGGUGAAAGAGCUCCUCUCAGAUCUAGAGCGUCGGAGUCAAUGGUCAACACUGGAGCUACUGCAGGACACAAGUGGAAUCAUGAAAUGGCUCUGGACUGGUACACACAGAGUACCCAUGUCACAACCAGGACCUGCAGCUUCACUGUUGAUUGCUCAGGCAUCCACGUACCUGGCCCUCCCAGAGAGACCCAUUGAAGUGAGUGAGAUCUGGACUCUGAAGAAGCCAAAAACUGUCUCCAAGAAGCUGAAGACUGUAUUCCGUGCUCCAGAUCUGAGGGGGAUGCUGCAGAGCUUCAGAGAGCUAACAGAUGCCCAAUGCUACUGGGUGGACUUAACAUUGAAUCCAGGCAACUUAAAUUUGAAUCUUGCACUUUCAGAAGAUGAGAGACAAGUGACAAGCGUGUGUAUUUGGCCACUUAAGCGUUACGAUUGUGGCAUCUUAAGCUCCCAACAUUUCUCUUCAGGGAAACAUUACUGGGAAGUUGAUGUAUCCAAAAAGACCAGCUGGAUCCUGGGAGUACACUGUAGAAAACGUUCUGCAAAGUAUGCUGAGAGAAAAGAUGAGAAUCAUACAAAUGUGUCCUCCACAUACAGACCUAAGUACGGCUACUGGGUUAUAGGUUUACAGAAUAACUUUGAAUAUAUCGUCUUUGAGGAUUCUUCCAGCUCUGAUCCUAAGGUGUUGGCCCUCUUUAUGGCUAUUCCUCCCCGUCGUGUUGGGGUUUUUCUCGACUAUGAAGCAGGCAUAGUCUCAUUUCUCAACGUCACAAACCAUGGGUCACUCAUCUACAAAUUCUCUAAAUGUUAUUUUUCUCAGCCUGCUUAUGCAUAUUUCAAUCUUUAUAAAUGUCCAGCCCCCAUGACACUGUGCCUACCAAACUGCUGAAUUUUCUUAUUCCCUCAUCUCCUACUUUUGGAUUCCUUGUCUAGAGGCUCCUCUCCUGCUUCUGAACACAUCUGCACCUUUCAUCCUGUGGUCUUUCAUCCCUGUGGUCUCCCUUCUCUACUUGAGAAUUUCUACUCAUCCUUGAGAUGAGAUACACUAUGGUGUAUCUGGUUUAAGUUAGGAGAGAUGCUUUUGUACCCAUUUAUUCUUCCUCAUAUUCUCAAAGAUAGAUAUCGAAUCCCUUGUAAAGAUGGAGAAUUGUUAUGCUGAGCGUGGUGGCACACCUGUAAUCCCAGGAGCUCUGGCUGAGAUAGGAGAUAGGAGGAUCACAAAUUCAAAGCCAGCCUCAGCAAUUUAGCAAGAUCCUGUCUCAAAAUUUAAAAAACGAAAACAGGGAGUUGGGGAUGUGGCUUAGUGAUUAAAUACUCCUGGAUUCAAUCUCUGGCACCAAAAUAAAGAUGGAUCAUUGUUUAAAAUA